AUGUUAAAAAGUACAAAAGAAGUCAUGGCAUCCCCACUCUUGGUGUUUUCAUCAUCGAUGCCAACAACGAUUCCCUCAAUAAUUUUUGGAAUUUUCUGUUCUCGCACAGUGGUCUAUUGCAUUCGUCUUGCAUGGUCUCUCAACGUAAGCUCUGAUGCGUUAGGGCUGGUUUCAGCCUUUAUUCUAUGUGGCUUUGAGUUUUUUAUUGUUAUGGGUAUAUAUACAUUACUUACAGAUUGGGUUCGCCUAAUCACAAAAUCGUCAGAUACAUCAAAUUCAUCAAAAGGAAAAUUAUUUAUGGAAAUUCUUUUAGUUAACAUAACAAAAUUCAUAUUACCAGUUUGUGGAGUUUUGGGCGCUGUUCAGGUCAUCCAAGAAUAUGAGGAUGAUGGCAAUGCAUUUGACAAUUCUUCCAAAGGUAUUUUACGCAAAGUGUCAACUUUAGGAUUUUUAAUAUGCUUAACUUUAUAUAUGGUUUAUGUAACUUAUUUCGCGGUGGUUUAUGUUAAAAAACCUAUUAGUCAACAACUUCAUGUUAUGCUGUUAUACACCAGUGGAGCUUUGUUAUACAUCGAGCUGGUAUAUAGAACAUUUAUUACCUUUGCUCAAGCCACGGAUUCUACGAAUAAAUAUGAAUGGAUGAUUUAUGUAUUCGAGGCUAUGCCAGAAUUAGUGCUAUUGGGUAUUUUGGGUGGAAUCAUUUUGGGUGACUGGUUUUUUGAAGAAAUUCCGGAAACGGUUAAGACAAAUGAUCUAGAGAUUGGUACAAAUGAAUGGAUUUUAGGGAUAGUUCAAAGUGCAAAAAAAAAAAUUAAUGCGUAA